CUGUGGUCCAAGAACAUUUUGUCUCCUUGUACGUUUUUCUUCCUAAUAUGAUCUACAUAUGUAUCGACUUUCAACUUUGCAACAAAUGUCAGUGUGGGCUCAGAGUUUCUCUUAAGUAUUCUGGUUUGGAAAAAUAUUUCCAUGAUGUGCAAAAAAAAAAAAAAAAAAAAAAUCAGUUUUAUCCUGGUGCGUGCAAUAAAAUAAAUUGAAACCGACUGUAGGGUUACCAUGCAUUUUCAGUGGGAGAGGUGGUUAGGUUCUUCAAUGUUCAAUUAAUUAAUUCACACCUAACAAACGUGGGUCGCAGAUAGGUUGUAUGUGAGUCGAAGGGUUAACGAUCCCGUGUUGGCUUCAGCCUAAAUAAUGAUGGGAAAGGGCAGUGUCCUUUUUGUCGUAGCAUAUGAGGAUGAGGAAUUUUAAGUUUGAGGGUCAGCUAAGGUGUAAUUAACCUGCCAAUGCCAUGCCAUGUGCUAUGCCAUGCCAAGCUCUGUAACUUUAAAAACGACAACAACCUGCUCCCUCAUAGACCGUUUUAGGUCCCAAGGCAGGCAGUGAAGAGAAAAAUGCUUGGUCCCUUGGCGUAGUCAACUUAGGAUCAUAUAUAUCGGGUCAAAAUCCGGUCUAAUUUGUCUUCCCAGUGUCUCUUUGUCUGGGCUGUAAUUUAAGAGUCUUGUGGUUACUUACAGUAACCGCCUCUGUUGGCUUGUCAAACUUGGUAGAUAUGCAAGGCGACAAGUUAGUUAUAGCCAAGUGUAGCCAGCUUUUCUUAUAGACCUGAAGAUUUAGGCUAAUUAAUUUAUAAUUGUUUAUAAUAAAUAGACGUAAAAACUGUGCGUGGAAAUAGCAUUGUGCGAGUAGACACAUGCAAGAGCCUGACCCAGCUAGUUAAUCUUUCUUUCCAUUUUUAUUGCAUCUUCACAUUCGCCGACAAUAUGAGCUUAAAUGGCCCGAGUGCUUCAGGUUUGGUCUAGGUAGGGCUUGUCUGAAGCCUGCAUGUAGAGAGAGCUCUUUGUGCAAAGUUGUUGUGUAAAUAUAUUUUUAUUUUACAACUCUCUCUGUAAAAUAGAAAUAUGUUAUCAAGAAAAUUGUGUACCACAAUACCACAGGCCCAUACUAACUGUCCUUAAUUUCUCUCCUACAGCAGUACUGCUUUGCCAGUCCUGUACUGCACUCUGUUAAGGGUGCAGCAACUCAUCCUGUGUAGGUUAUGGGGAACACAGAGAACUGUGCACUUGUCAGUUUGGUCAGGGUCCACUGGCUGCUUGUUUGGGGCCUCUGAGGGGAAUCCCAGCCCAGCUACAACAAACCUCACACCCCAAGAGCCUUUUUUUCAGUUUUUUAUUAUUUGGCUUAUCAAUUUCAUACAAAUUUAGAUUUAAAAGAAAUCCCAUGCAUUCAUGAUGGAAAACGACCGCCCAAAUAAUUGACUACAUAUUUUAUCAGUCGCCUUUGUCCUGAAAAUGAUGUGUGAUGAGUGCAAAUGUCAUUCCUAGAUGUGGCCUCAAAUUCUUUACUUCGUUUUUAUAUGCUAGUAUUAAUAAUUGGGAACUGGGCCACAUGCUCGCCAUAUGAUUUCUUUUUCUAGUUUUGUGGUUAUACCCCAAGAAGAUGCCUUGUUUUUUUUGAGUGCUGUAAAUCAAUGCAACACAGGUGGUAUACUGUUGUGUGUGAGUUCAAACCCUUUUCCAAAGUGUUACUAAUGGUAAAGAGAAAUUUUCUAGGCUUCUUUUCUGCCGGUUGAAGUCAGACUGCAGAGGGACCCUUGGCACUGAAAGUGGGGCAAAACGCCGGACCCCAAGCUGCAAGUCAGGUCGUACGUGGACGUCAUGUUGGAGCAGAACCUGUCAAAAGAGGAGAGAGAGAUUCGUCAGCAGCUGGCAGAGAAGGCCAAAUCUGGGGACCUGAAAGCUGUCAACGGGUCUGCUGCCUCACAAGCUGCUGCCGCCGCCGCCGCAAAGCGUAAGCGCCGCUGGGACCAGACAGCUGACCAAACCCCAACUACCGGUAAUACUACACCCAAAAAGAUUUCCACCUGGGACCAGGCCGACUCCUCUUCUGAGACUCCAGGACACACCCCAGGACACACCCCCGCACACACGCCUUCAAGCACCCGAUGGGAUGAAACGCCCGGCCGCCCUAAAGGCAGCGACACCCCGGGAGCCACUCCCAGUACCCGCAUGUGGGACCCCACUCCCAGUCACACGCCUGCUGGCGCCGCCACCCCUGGCAGGGACACGCCGGGCCAUGCCACGCCUGGUCACGGUGGAGCCACGGGAAGCGUACGCAAGAACCGCUGGGACGAAACCCCGAAGACAGAAAGGGAGACCCCGGGACACGGGAGUGGCUGGGCUGAAACGCCUCGCACCGACAGAGGAGAUGAGUCCGUGGGCGAGACUCCGACCCCAGGGGCCAGUAAGAGGAAGUCUCGGUGGGAUGAAACCCCCGCCAGUCAGAUGGGAUCCUCAACACCACUACUUACCCCAGGAAAAACGCCCAUAGGCACGCCAGCUAUGAACAUGGCUACCCCAACACCAGGUCACCUGAUGAGCAUGACUCCAGAGCAGCUGCAGGCGUGGAGGUGGGAGAGGGAGAUUGAUGAGAGGAACCGGCCUCUCACAGACGACGAGCUUGAUGCCAUGUUCCCAGAGGGAUACAAGGUCUUGCCUCCACCAGCAGGCUACGUGCCGAUCCGAACUCCGGCCCGUAAGCUGUCGGCCACGCCCACGCCCAUUGGAGGCAUGACGGGCUUCCACAUGCAAGUGGAGGACCGCACCACAAAACAGAUGAAUGACCAGCCUUCCGGAAACCUCCCCUUCCUCAAACCGGAUGACAUCCAGUAUUUUGACAAACUGCUGGUUGAGGUGGACGAAUCCACGCUGAGCCCUGAGGAGCAGAAAGAGAGGAAGAUCAUGAAGUUGCUGCUGAAAAUUAAAAAUGGAACACCGCCCAUGAGAAAGGCCGCUCUGCGUCAGAUCACAGAUAAAGCUCGUGAAUUUGGAGCAGGCCCCCUGUUCAAUCAGAUCCUGCCAUUACUCAUGUCGCCCACCCUGGAGGACCAGGAGCGCCAUCUGCUGGUUAAAGUCAUUGACCGCAUUCUCUACAAACUGGAUGACCUGGUUCGACCCUACGUACACAAGAUCCUGGUGGUGAUUGAGCCCCUGCUGAUUGAUGAGGACUACUAUGCCAGAGUAGAAGGCCGAGAAAUCAUCUCCAACUUGGCAAAGGCGGCCGGUCUGGCCACGAUGAUCUCCACAAUGCGACCCGAUAUCGACAACAUGGACGAGUACGUCAGAAACACCACAGCCCGAGCCUUCGCCGUGGUGGCCUCAGCUCUUGGUAUUCCCUCUCUCCUGCCGUUUCUCAAAGCUGUGUGUAAAAGCAAGAAGUCCUGGCAGGCCAGGCACACGGGCAUCAAGAUCGUGCAGCAGAUCGCCAUCCUCAUGGGCUGCGCCAUUCUGCCCCACCUGCGCAGCUUGGUGGAGAUCAUCGAACACGGUCUGGUGGACGAGCAGCAGAAGGUGAGGACCAUCAGUGCCCUGGCUAUAGCUGCCCUCGCUGAAGCUGCUACGCCCUACGGUAUCGAAUCCUUUGACUCGGUCCUCAAGCCGCUCUGGAAGGGUAUCAGACAGCACAGAGGAAAGGGUCUGGCUGCUUUCCUGAAAGCUAUCGGUUACCUGAUCCCACUGAUGGACGCCGAGUAUGCAAACUACUACACCAGAGAGGUGAUGCUGAUCCUCAUCAGAGAGUUCCAGUCCCCCGACGAGGAGAUGAAGAAGAUUGUACUCAAGGUGGUGAAGCAGUGUUGUGGCACUGACGGUGUAGAAGCCAACUACAUUAAGACGGAGAUCCUGCCCCCCUUCUUCAAGCACUUCUGGCAGCACAGGAUGGCUCUGGACAGACGCAACUACAGACAGUUGGUGGACACCACAGUGGAGCUGGCCAACAAAGUGGGAGCAGCAGAGAUCAUUUCUCGCAUCGUUGAUGACCUGAAAGACGAGGCAGAGCAGUACAGAAAGAUGGUGAUGGAGACCAUCGAGAAGAUCAUGGGCAACCUGGGUGCAGCUGACAUCGACCACAAGCUGGAGGAGCAGUUGAUCGACGGUAUCCUGUAUGCCUUCCAGGAACAGACAACGGAGGACUCCGUGAUGCUGAAUGGUUUCGGCACAGUGGUGAACGCCCUCGGGAAGCGCGUGAAACCCUACCUGCCUCAGAUCUGUGGUACGGUGCUGUGGCGUCUCAACAACAAGUCCGCCAAAGUCCGUCAGCAGGCUGCCGACCUGAUCUCCCGUACAGCCGUGGUCAUGAAGACUUGCCAGGAGGAAAAGCUGAUGGGUCACUUGGGUGUGGUGCUGUACGAGUACCUGGGAGAGGAGUACCCGGAGGUGUUGGGUAGCAUCCUGGGAGCAUUGAAGGCCAUCGUCAACGUCAUCGGUAUGCACAAGAUGACUCCGCCAAUCAAAGACCUGCUUCCUCGUUUGACUCCCAUCCUGAAGAACAGACACGAGAAAGUGCAGGAGAACUGUAUCGACCUGGUGGGCAGGAUCGCUGACAGGGGUGCUGAAUAUGUGUCGGCCAGGGAGUGGAUGAGGAUUUGUUUCGAACUGCUGGAGCUGCUGAAGGCUCACAAAAAGGCCAUCCGCAGAGCUACUGUCAACACGUUUGGCUACAUCGCCAAAGCCAUCGGCCCCCACGAUGUCUUGGCCACGCUGCUCAAUAACCUGAAGGUCCAGGAGCGUCAGAACAGAGUCUGCACGACUGUGGCCAUCGCCAUCGUCGCCGAGACCUGUUCACCGUUCACUGUGCUGCCGGCGCUCAUGAACGAAUACCGCGUGCCUGAGCUCAAUGUGCAGAACGGCGUGCUCAAGUCCCUCUCCUUCCUGUUCGAGUACAUCGGAGAGAUGGGCAAGGACUACAUCUACGCCGUCACGCCGCUGCUGGAGGACGCGCUCAUGGACAGAGACCUGGUCCACCGACAGACGGCCAGCGCUGUAGUCCAGCACAUGUCUCUGGGCGUCUACGGUUUCGGCUGUGAAGACUCCCUCAACCACUUGCUGAACUACGUGUGGCCCAACGUGUUUGAGACGUCACCUCACGUGAUCCAGGCGGUUAUGGGCGCCCUGGAGGGGCUGAGGGUCGCCAUCGGGCCCUGCCGCAUGCUGCAGUACUGCUUACAGGGCUUGUUCCAUCCGGCCAGGAAGGUGCGAGACGUCUACUGGAAGAUUUACAACUCCAUCUACAUUGGCUCACAGGACGCCCUCAUCGCUCACUACCCACAAGUCUACAACGACGAGAAAAACAUGUACGUCCGCUACGAACUAGAUUACGUCUUGUAA